AUGACGACUGCUGCUCAUUCUGCUGCUUAUUCGGCCAUUGGUCUAUCACUUUUAAGUUUCAUCAUUUGCAUCUACUCAUUAAAAGGUCUAGCGUCCAGAAUUAGUUCUAUCAAUGACGAGAUUAUUGAAGAAGCGAAGGAAUUCCGUGGAAUGGAAAGUCAUAUUCGAGGUGAAUAUCGUUACAAGAUGGCUUCAUCUAGCUUUGCCAAAAUCAGGGUUGCAAGGCAAGCUCCCCUAUGUCAAUGUAAUCCUAACAACCAAUGUCCACCUGGACCUCCAGGACCACCUGGUCUAAAUGGAGAAGACGGAACACCUGGUCUCCCGGGACCAGCUGGUGCACCAGGUCUUCCUGGUAACAUGCCAGCCAUUAAUUAUAAUUAUGAAGGACGUUGUCGUUCGUGUCCACACGGACCACCAGGACCACCAGGACCACCAGGGCAACCAGGGCGACCAGGUAGUAACGGAUUACGAGGACCAGCUGGAAAUCGUGGAUCAGCUGGUAGCAGAGGAUCACCAGGUCCACCUGGUUCACCAGGAGAAGCAGCAAUGCCUGGUCGUCCAGGUGAACCAGGAAUACCUGCCCUUCCUGGACCACAGGGUGGAAAAGGGUUACCUGGACCACAUGGAUCACCAGGACAGCCUGGACCACCUGGUCCUCCGGGACAACCAGGUUUACCAGGAAGCCAAGGAUCACAGGGACGUCAAGGGUCACAGGGACCACCAGGACAAACUGGCGCAGAUGGACAACCUGGUUCACCUGGUUCAAGAGGAACACCUGGAACUCCUGGGGAGGACGCUGCCUAUUGCCCAUGUCCACGCCGACGUGUUGCCGUGUCAUUGCAGAAAGCCUGA